AUGGCUCGCGUCGCUUUCUUUUCCCUCGUUUUUGUGCCGCUGGUCUUCAACCAGGCAAUCGCUCAGCAACAAGCUGCUACUCCAGACGCAAAAAAAUUGAACUGCUUGGAAGCAAUGAACGCGCUCAGAACGGCCGCAGGGCUUGCUGAAUUUAAGGAGGCGUCGACAGCCACGCAAAUUCUACCGGAAAAAGCCGUUGAAAAGGAUGCAACAGUGAAGCCAGGAACUCUUUGGGAGGAGAUUUGCCCCAAAGUUAGGGGGACGGAACCCGACAACAUUACUGAAGCCAAGAAGCUGACAGGCACCUUUGCGUACUAUCCUGUUGCUGACGGCAAGAAGGACUGCAACGCCGCAGUGGAGUACUGGAAGGGCGGAUUCUCCCUCUUCAAAAAUGAGAUUCCCCCAGAAUUUACAGAGGCCAACAAAACUACUGUGUACAAUGACAGAGCUGUGUCAUUUGUCGCCCUGUACAACCCGAAACCCGACCCUGUUGUUAGCUGCGUGCUUCUCCAGUGCCCUACUGCGACUUCCCCUGGUGUCCCUGGCGCUGGACGCAGACUCUCGUCUAGCUCUACCACAGUCGAAGCUGUCAUUUGCUUGACGAACCCCGCUGCCUUGACGGAAAAUGCAGCGCCAUUCAAAGAGGACGAAUGGAAGAAAAUUGUGGAGGCAAUAUCUGGCAACAAGAGCGAAGUUUCCCCAGUGGGCCCUUCAGUCGCUCUUGUUUCUGCGACGGCCAUCGCCGUUUUCGCUCUUUUCUAG